AAAAAAGACACAGAUAUAUUGCUUAAGGACCAAGGUUGAAAGUUGAAAAAAGAAAAUUAAGUUGAAACCGUAGAUUAUUGUAAGUUGUAACUGGGCUCCGGUCGGGUUCCGAUUAGAUCCGAUUCAAAUCACUCCAAAUUCCCCAAUAACACUAAUACUGCAGCACUAGUCGACUCGCCGGAAAAAUAUUAUCAUAAUGCAGAAGUGGUUUUCAGCUGGCGGCGCCGGCGCCGUUGCCGAUGAUCGAUAUGUUGAGCAAUUACAAACUUCUUCUUCUUCUUCAACUCCUUCUUUGUUAGCUGAUUGGAAUUCAUACGCAUCUGCUAAAUCAUCUGAAGAGAGCGCUAGUACUGCGUUUAUAGGUAGCUUCGAUCUCGAAUCCGCUGUUCGUUCUGCUAACGACACCGUUUCCGGCACUUUUAACGUGGUUUCUAAAGGAGUGAGAGACAUUCCAGGGAACUUGCAGUCUGCCACUAGCAACAUUCCUUCUGGGAAAUCCCUCAUGUAUUUUGGCCUAUUCAUGGCGACUGGAGUCUUCUUCAUUUUCAUGGCAUUUACUUUGUUCCUCCCCGUGAUAGUAUUGGUGCCUCAGAAAUUUGCCAUUUGCUUUACUCUUGGAUGUUCCUUUAUCAUUGGGUCAUUCUUUGCACUCAGGGGUACUCAGAAUCAGUUUGCUCAUAUGUUUUCAAUGGAGAGACUUCCUUUUACACUAGGAUUCAUGGGUAGCAUGAUUGGCACGCUCUACGUUUCCAUGGCACUCCAUAGCUAUAUCCUUUCGGUGCUUUUCUCUGUGAUUCAGGUUAUGGCAUUAGCAUACUACGCAAUAUCUUACUUUCCUGGUGGCUCUGCUGGCUUGAAAUUUCUCUCGUCUUCGAUGAUUUCUACAGUAUUGAAAUGCUUUGGCAGGUGAAGGCUUGUAACAUCUGUGUAAAAUUUCUGCAGUUUUUUGCUUUUUUUUCUAUAUGAUUGUUCAAUAGUUACAUUCUAUAGUUUGUCCUUUGAAUGUGAAGUGAUGGUGGACAUUUUUGACAAAUUUAGUUCAAUUUCUCCUUUCAAGCCUCACCA